AUGCAGUACGCGAGCCAGAGCGCGAUAGCAACAUGCAGUACAGACAGUGCGAUAAUACAUGCACACCAAAUACUGAAAGUGCGAUCUUGGUGCCUCCUCAUCAUGAAGUUCAGUAUAGUGGUGCGUUUCAGCAACUCCGACAGCCGCCAGGCCCCGAUUCGAGAUCUUGUGGUGCCCCUUCUGAUCAAUCCAGAAACUGAAAAUGUGAAUCGACUUGUAACGGUAUCUUGGUUACGCAACACCAUUCGAGACCAAGUUCCAACCAUUGCUAAUCGAAGAUUGAGACUCAUUGUAGAUGGACGCGUGCUCAACGAAGCCACAGAUUUCCGGCGCGAUGUGUUUUUGCCACGGAUCAGACGAGAAACUUCUCCUAACAUCGAAAACGACGACCCUUUACCCAUAUUUGUUCAUUGUGUUGUUGGCGAUAUUCUCACCAGAGAACAAUUAGCGCAAGAAAACGAGUUGGAUAGACCGCAGGAACGGUCUACAGCGCCAGAGGUGAUCGGGUUUGACCGGUUGCUUCAACAGGGUUUCAGUGCUGACGAUAUAGCCGAUUUACGGCGCCAGUUUCUGAUGAUUUAUGACGGCGACGAUCCCCACCAAAGUGGACCCAUCAGUGAUUUGGAGGAAGAGGAACAGCGUAGCAGAAGGGCACGAAUGCUAGAAGAGCGGUGGAUAGAAUCUACCGUUCCUCAAGUGGGACUGGGUUUGGGCGAACGACCUCCGGCCUCCACCGACACCACUGAUGCUCGAGAAGACGAUGUGCCCGCUCCAGAUUUGGACGACCGUGGCGGCCACGAAGAUGUGGUUCUCGGUCUUCUUUUGGGCAUGUUUCUUGGCGCUCUCAGUGUGGUGUUGCUUGUGGUGGAUGAUAGUGUGUUGAAUAGUCGCCAGAAAAUGGCAGUGGCAGGCGGGUUGUUUUUCAACUUUUCGCUCUCGGUAGCGAGGGGACAGUGGAUAUGA